AAAUGCCAAAUGAUGGAAGAACGCUCCAAUCUGAUGAAUAUGAUGAAGCUGAGUAUUAAAGUCUUGAUCCAGUCAGCCCUGACUCUAGGUAGAAGCUUGGAUGCAGACUAUGCCCCUUUGCAGCAAUUCUUUGUGGUGAUGGAGCACUGUCUCAAACAUGGACUGAAAGCUAAGAAGAGUUUUAUUGGCCAAAAUAAGUCUUUCUUUGGUCCCCUGGAACUGGUGGAGAAACUUUGUCCAGAAGCAUCAGAUAUAGCUACUAGUGUUAAAAAUCUGCCAGAGUUAAAGACAGCAGUAGGAAGAGGAAGGGCUUGGCUUUAUCUUGCACUCAUGCAAAAGAAAUUGGCAGAUUAUCUGAAAGUGCUUAUAGAUAAUAAGCAUCUCUUAAGUGAAUUCUACGAACCUGAGGCAUUGAUGAUGGAAGAAGAAGGAACAGUAAUUGUAGGUCUGCUGGUGGGCCUCAAUGUUCUUGAUGCUAACCUUUGCUUAAAAGGAGAAGAUUUGGACUCUCAGGUUGGAGUGAUUGAUUUUUCCUUAUAUCUUAAAGAUGUGCAGGACAUUGAUGGUGACAGAGAACAUGAAAGAAUUACUGAUGUCCUUGAUCAAAAGAAUUAUGUGGAAGAACUUAACAGACACUUAAGCUGCACAGUUGGGGAUCUUCAGGCCAAGAUAGAUUGUCUAGAAAAGACCAAUUCAAAACUUCAAGAAGAGCUUUCAGCAGCUACAGAUCGGAUUGAUUCACUUCAAGAAGAACAGCAACAGUUAAAAGAACAAAAUGAAUUAAUCCGGGAAAGAAGUGAAAAGAGUGUAGAGGUGACAAAACAGGAUACGAAGGUAGAGCUUGAUACUUAUAAACAAACUCGACAAGGCCUGGAUGAAAUGUAUAGUGAUGUAUGGAAACAACUGAAAGAGGAAAAGAGAGUCCGAUUGGAACUAGAGAAAGAAUUGGAGCUGCAGAUUGGAAUGAAAACAGAAAUGGAGAUUGCAAUGAAACUACUAGAAAAAGAUACACAUGAAAAACAAGACACACUAGUUGCUCUUCGACAACAACUGGAAGAAGUCAAAGCAAUUAAUUUGCAGAUGUUUCAUAAAGCCCAGAAUGCAGAGAGCUGCUUACAGCAGAAGAAUGAAGCAAUCAUAUCUUAUGAAGGAAAAACCAAUCAAGUAAUGUCUGCCAUGAAACAAAUGGAAGAGAGAUUACAGCAGUCUGAAAAGGCCAGGCAGGGGGCUGAAGAGAGAAACAACAAACUGAAGCAAGAAUUUGGUGGCAAAGUUGAAACCCUACAACAGCAACUCUCCCAACUGGACAAACAAUGCUCAAGUCUCGAAAGAGAGCUGAAGUCGGAAAAAGAGCAAAGGCAAGCUCUUCAGAAAGAGUUACAGCAAGAAAAAGAUGCUGCCUCUCUGCUCAAAACAGAGUUGCAUCAAGUAGAUGGAUUGAAAAAGGAACUUCAGAAACUAUAUGAGAAGAAAGAAGAAUUACAAAAGAUUUGUGAAGAACAGGAACAAGCACUACAGGAAAUGGGAUUACACCUUAGCCAAUCAAAGUUGAAGAUGGAAGAUAUAAAAGAGGUCAAUAAGGCACUAAAGGGUCACACCUGGCUAAAAGAUGAUGAAGCAACAUACUGCAAACAGUGUGAGAAAGAGUUCUCCAUCUCCCGGAGGAAGCAUCACUGUCGGAACUGUGGACACAUCUUUUGCAACACGUGUUCAAGCAAUGAGCUGGCACUGCCAUCCUACCCAAGGCCUGUACGUGUGUGGGAUGCCUGCCACACUCUCCUGCUUCAGAGAUGCUCCUCCAAUUCUUCCUAG